CAUUAUUCCGGCUCCCUCCUCUCCUCUCUUCUCUUUCGUCUCUCCGGGGUUUUUUCUGCUCCGGUACCGGUUCGGCGGCCCGCGGAGGUUCUGCAGCUCUUCAUCCUGCGGCUGCAGACGUCAGUGGAUCUGCUGAGACGUUCAGGUUAAUCGGAUUAUGCGGCUCUCCCCUCUGACCUCUCCCUGUCCGUGACGGUUGCCAUGGAGACUCCGUUCUACCACGACGACACGCCGGCCGCGCCCAGCUUCAGCCAGGUGGCCGAGUACGAGCGCUACCCGGGCGGGAAGAUGCUGAUGAGCAAGAAGGCGGCGUCCCUGGGCGGCGGCCACCACUUCCUGGGCGGAGGCAACGCCGCGGCAGGAAGGGGCGGUAACCAUGGCAACCUGGGCCUUCCCGGCAGCAGCGCCCUGAUGGCGCCCGGCUCUUCGUCCGCGGCGGCGGACAUGAACCUGCUGAAGCUGGCGUCCCCGGACCUGGAGCACCUGAUCAUCCAGUCCAAUCAGGGCCUGGUGUCCACAAGCCCCGCCUCCAGCGCCGCCAACCCCUUCCUGUACCGCAGCCCCGCCACCAACGAGCAGGAGGGCUUCGCCGACGGCUUCGUCAAGGCGCUGGCCGACCUGCACAAGCAGAACCAGCUGGUGGGCGGCGGACACGUGUCCCCGCCUGCGUCCUACCAGAGGAACCUGAUGUCCGGCGGAGACAUGCCCGUCUACACCAACCUGAGCAGCUUCACCCCGGGGCAGAUGUCCUACCCCGGGGGGCAGAUGGCGUACGGCGGCGGGCCGCACAGCCACGGCCGCGGCCCGGACGCCCCUCAGACCGUCCCCGAGGUCCCCCACCCGCCCGGCGACCCCGCGUCCCCGCCGUCCCUGUCCCCCAUCGACCUGGAGACGCAGGAGCGAAUCAAAGCCGAGCGCAAGAAGCUGCGCAACCGCAUCGCCGCGUCCAAGUGCCGCAAGCGGAAGCUGGAGCGGAUCUCCCGCCUGGAGGAGAAGGUGAAGGUCCUGAAGAACCAGAACUCGGACCUGGCGUCCACCGCCGCCAUGCUGCGGCAGCAGGUGGCCCAGCUCAAGCAGAAGGUCAUGAGUCACGUCACCAACGGCUGCCAGAUCGCCGUGGCGACCGGAACCGCCGCCGCCAAGUCUGGACCCGGCAGCGAGAAUUCCAGCUGCUGAGCGGGACGACACCUGGACAGGUGAGGAACCGUCGGCCAAUCGGGUCGCAGCGGAGGCGGAGCCAGACGACUGAGGAUCGUUUCCGGUUUGGGAUUCUUUAAAACCGGUUCUGGGAUUUAAACGUUUUAAAAUCUGACAGAUUUUAUUUCAACAUUUUACAGGAUUAAAACUGAAGAAACAUGACAAUAAAAACUUUGCAGUUUGAAGACAAUUUUCCAAAAUGGAAACAAAAAACUUUGUAAAAAUGUUUUAAUUUCCAUAUUUUCACUUUGAACAGUUUCCAUCCAAAUCCAUCAUAAACUGUCAUUUUCUCUUCAUAUUUUGUUUAUGAUAUUUUAAAUCUUCUCUGCAGAAACAAGUUUCUUUAUUCUGUUUA